AUGGUCAACUUCACCGUUGAUGAGAUCCGCGAGCUGAUGGACAAGCCGACCAACAUCCGUAACAUGUCGGUCAUUGCCCACGUCGACCACGGCAAGUCGACUCUUACCGACUCGCUCGUCUCCAAGGCCGGUAUCAUUGCCGGUGCCAAGGCCGGUGAGAUGCGUUUCACCGACACCCGUCAGGAUGAGAUCGACCGUGGUAUCACCAUCAAGUCGACCGCCAUCUCGAUGUACUUCCCCAUCGACAAGGAGGACGUCGCCGACAUCAAGCAGAAGACUGACGGCAACGAGUUCCUGAUCAACCUUAUCGACUCGCCCGGUCACGUCGACUUCUCGUCUGAGGUUACCGCCGCUCUCCGUGUCACCGACGGUGCCCUUGUCGUCGUCGACUGUGUUGAGGGUGUCUGUGUCCAGACCGAGACUGUCCUUCGUCAGUCGCUCGGUGAGCGUGUCAAGCCCGUCCUUGUCAUCAACAAGGUCGACCGUGCCCUCCUCGAGCUCCAGGUCUCCAAGGAGGACCUUUACCAGUCGUUCACCCGUACCGUCGAGUCGGUCAACGUCAUCAUCUCGACCUACACCGACCCCGUCCUCGGUGACGUCCAGGUCUACCCCGACCAGGGUACCGUCGCUUUCGGCUCGGGUCUCCACGGCUGGGCCUUCACCCUCCGCAACUUCGCCACCCGUUACGCCAAGAAGUUCGGUGUUGACAAGAACAAGCUCAUGCCCAAGCUCUGGGGCGACAACUACUUCAACCCCAAGACCAAGAAGUGGUCCAAGGCCUCGGCUGACGGCACUGAGCGUGCUUUCAACAUGUUCGUCCUUGACCCCAUCUUCCGCAUCUUCGACUCGAUCAUGAACUUCAAGAAGGACGAGAUCCCCACUCUCCUUGACAAGCUCGAGAUCAAGCUCUCGUCGGACGAGAAGGACCUUGAGGGCAAGCAGCUCCUCAAGACCGUCAUGAAGAAGUUCCUUCCUGCCGGUGACGCCCUCCUUGAGAUGAUUGUCAUCAACCUCCCCUCGCCCCAGACCGCCCAGAAGUACCGUGUCGAGACCCUCUACGAGGGCCCCAUGGACGACGAGUCGGCCAUUGCCAUCCGCGACUGUGACCCCAAGGGCCCCCUUAUGGUCUACAUCUCCAAGAUGGUCCCCACCUCGGACAAGGGUCGUUUCUACGCCUUCGGCCGUGUCUUCUCGGGUACCGUCUCGUCGGGCCCCAAGGUCCGUAUCCAGGGCCCCAACUUCGUUCCCGGCAAGAAGGACGACUCGGUUAUCAAGUCGAUCCAGCGUACCGUCCUCAUGAUGGGCCGUACCGUCGAGUCCAUCGAGGACUGCCCCGCCGGCAACAUUGUUGGUCUUGUCGGUGUCGACCAGUUCCUCCUCAAGUCGGGUACCAUCACCACCUCGGAGACCGCCCACAACAUGAAGGUCAUGAAGUUCUCGGUCUCGCCCGUCGUGCAGGUCGCCGUCGAGUGCAAGAACGCCUCGGACCUCCCCAAGCUUGUUGAGGGUCUUAAGCGUCUCUCCAAGUCGGACCCCUGUGUCAAGACCAUGAUCGGUGAGAACGGUGAGAUCAUCGUCGCCGGUGCCGGUGAGCUCCACCUCGAGAUCUGCCUCAACGACCUCGAGAACGACCACGCCGGUGUUCCCCUCCGCAAGUCCGACCCCGUCGUCGGCUACCGUGAGACUGUCCAGGCCGAGUCCUCGAUGAUCGCUCUUUCCAAGUCGCAGAACAAGCACAACCGUCUCUGGGUCAAGGCUGAGCCCCUCGACGAGGAGCUUACCAAGGACAUUGAGGAGGGCCGCGUCGCUCCCCGUGACGACCCCAAGACCCGUGCCCGUUACCUCGCCGACACCUACGGCUGGGACGUUACCGACGCCCGUAAGAUCUGGUGCUUCGGUCCCGACACCACCGGCCCCAACCUUUUCCUUGACGCCUCCAAGGGUGUUCAGUACAUGAACGAGAUCAAGGACUCGGUCGUCGCCGCCUUCCAGUGGGCCACCAAGGAGGGUGGUGUUGCUGAGGAGCCCAUGCGUGGUAUCCGCUUCUCGAUCCUCGACUGCACGCUCCACACCGACGCUAUCCACCGUGGUGGUGGUCAGAUCAUCCCCACGGCCCGUCGUGUUUGUUACGCCGCCCAGCUCCUCGCCAAGCCCGGUCUCCAGGAGCCCAUGUUCCUGGUCGAGAUUGCCUGCCCGGACUCGGCCCAGGGUGGUGUCUACUCGGUCCUCAACGUUCGUCGUGCUUACCUCCCCGUCGCCGAGUCGUUCGGCUUCAACGCCGACCUCCGUGCCGCUACCGGUGGCCAGGCCUUCCCCCAGGCCGUCUUCGACCACUGGGCUCUCCUCGGCGGUGACGCCUCGGAGAAGGGCUCCAAGGUCAACGAGCUCGCCGUCAAGAUCCGUACUCGCAAGGGUCUUAAGCCUGACGUCCCCACCUACGACCAGUACUACGACAAGCUCUAA